AUGGAUCCCUCUGAUCACGGGGAAUCUUCUGACCAAUCACAUACUAGGAGUGCAAAUGUCCAUUUAGGAUCUCACACUGCAGAGAGAUCAACAGAUCCAUCUAAUCCCAAGGAAUCUUCCGCACCCCAUGAAGGAGCUCACCGAGGGCAGAAUCUAUUCCUAUGUUCAGAGUGCGGGAAAUGUUUCACUCAGAAGGGAGCGCUUACUAGACACAAGAGAAUUCACACGAAUGAGCGUACUUUUUCUUGUUCAGAGUGCGGGAAAUGUUUUAAUCAGCGAUGGCACUUUCUUAGACACCAGACAAUUCACACAGGUGAGUGCCCCCAUUCAUGUACAGAGUGCGGGAAAUCUUUCAGUUAUAAAGGAGACCUUGUUUUACACCAGAGAAUUCACACUGGUGAGCGUCCUUAUUCAUGUUCAGAGUGUGGGAAAUCUUUCAUUCGGAAAGCACACCUUGAUAAACACCUGAGGACUCACACGGGCGACCGUCCCUAUUCAUGUUCGGAGUGCUGGAAAUCUUUCUAUGAGAAAGGAGACCUUGUUGGACACCAGAGAAUUCACACGGGUGAGCAACCUUAUUCGUGUUCAGACUGCGGGAAAUCUUUUACUAUGAAAGGAGACCUUGUUAAACACCGGAGAACUCACACUGGUGAGCGUCCUUAUUCAUGUUCAGAGUGCGGGAAAUCUUUUACUCGGAGAGGAAACCUUGUGAAACACCAGAAGAGUCACACAGGUCCAGAGUGCGGGAAAUCUUUCACCAAAAAAGGAGGUCUUGAUAAACACCGGAGAAUUCACACGGGUGAGCGUCCUUAUUCAUGCACUGAGUGCGGGAAAUCUUUCGCCCAUAAAGGAGACUUUGCUGCACACCAGAGAGUUCACACAGGCGAGCGUCCUUAUUCAUGUACAGAGUGCAGGAAAUCUUUCACUCAUAAAGGAGACCUCGUUAAGCAUCAGAGAAUCCACACAGGUGAGCGUCCCUAUUCAUGUUCAGAGUGUGGGAAAUCUUUCACUUAUAAAGGAGACCUUGUUAAGCAUCAGAGAGUUCACACGGGUGACCGUCCUUAUUCGUGUUCGGAGUGCGGGAAAUCGUUCACUUAUAAAGGAGACCUUGUUAAACACCAGAGAAUUCACACGGGUGACCGUCCUUAUUCAUGUACCGAGUGCAGGAAAUCUUUUGCUAAAAAAGGAGGUCUUGAUACACACCAGAGAAUUCACACGGGUGAGCGUCCUUAUUCAUGUACCGAGUGCGGGAAAUCUUUCACUUCUAAAGGAGACCUUGUUGCACACCAGAAAAUUCACACGGAACUUGUUAAACAUCAGAGAUCUCACACGGGUGAGCAUCCUUAUUCCUGUUCAGUGUGUUGGAAAUCUUUCUCUUUAAAAGGAGGCCUCCUUACGCACCAGAGAAUUCACACGGGCGAGCGUCCUUAUUCAUGUUCAGAGUGCGGGAAAUCCUUCACUCAGAAAGGGAACCUUACAAAACACCACAGAAUUCACACGGGUGAGCGUCCAUAUUCAUGUUCAGAGUGCGGGAAAUCUUUCACCCGUAAAGAAGGCCUUGAUGCACACCAGAGAAUUCACACGGGCGAGCGUCCUUAUUCAUGUUCAGAAUGCGGGAGAUCUUUCACUCAUAAAGGAGCCCUUGUUAAACACCAGAGAAUUCACACAGGUGACCGUCCUCAUUCAUGUUCAGAGUGCGGGAAAUCUUUCUUUCAUAAAGGAGACCUUGUUGCCCACCAGAGAAUUCACACGGGUGAGCGUCCUUAUUCAUGUUCAGUGUGCGGGAAAUCUUUCUCUUUUAAAGAAGACCUUUUUAAACACCAGCGCAUUCACACCGGUGAGCGUCCUUAUUCAUGUUCGGUGUGUUGGAAAUCGUUCACUGUAAAAGGAGUCCUUGUGGAACAUCAGAGAAUUCACACGGGUGAGCGCCCAUAUUCAUGUUCAGAGUGCGGGAAAUCUUUCACUCAGAAAGGGAACCUUGCAAAGCACCGAAGAAUUCAUACGGGUGAGCGGCCUUAUUCAUGUACUGAGUGCGGGAAAUCUUUCACUCAGAAAGAAGCCCUUGUGAAAGUCCAUACGGGUGAGCAUUCAUGCACAGAGUGUGGGAAAUCUUUUGCUCAGAAAGGAAACCUUUUGCAACAUCAGAGAAUCCACACGGGUGAGCGUCCUUAUUCGUGUACAGAGUGUGGGAAAACUUUCACUCAGAAAGGAAACCUUGCAAAACACCAGAGAAUUCACACAGGGGAGCGUCCAUAUUCUUGUUCAGAGUGUGGGAAAUCUUUCUCUAAUAAACAGAACCUACAAGAACACCAGAGAAAUUACACGGGUGAGCGAAACUAUUCCUGUUCAGAGUGCGGGAAAUCUUUCUUUAAGAAAGAUAAUCUUCUUAAACACCAGAAAAUUCACACAGGUGAGCGUCCCUAUUCAUGUUCAGAGUGCGGAAAAUCCUUCUUUAAGAAAGAUAAUCUUGUUAGACAUCAGAGAUUUCACACUGGUGAGCGUCCUUAUUCAUGUUCAGAGUGUGGGAAAUGUUUCUCUCAUAAAGGAGACCUUGUUGUACAUCAAAGAAUUCACACAGGUGAGCGCCCAUAUUCAUGUGCAGAGUGUGGGAAAUCUUUCACUCAUAAAGGGGACUUUGUUAAGCAUCAGAGAACUCACACGGGUGAGCGCCCAUAUUCAUGUUCAGAGUGCGGGAAAUCUUUCAUUCAUAAAGGCGAUCUUCAUAAACAUCGGAAAAUUCACACGCGUGAGGGUCCUUAUUCAUGUUCAGAGUGCGAGAAAUCUUUUACUCAUAAAGAAGACCUUGGCUCAGAGUGUGGGAAAUCUUUCAGUCAUAAAGGAGACCUUGUUAAACAUCAGCGAAUUCACACGGGUGAGCGUCCGUAUUCAUGUUCAGAGUGUGGGAAAUCUUUCACUUAUAAAGGAGUCCUUGAUAAACACCAGAAGAUUCACACGGGUGAGCGCCCUUAUUCAUGUUUAGAGUGCGGGAUAUCUUUCACUGAGAAAAACGUACUUUUUAGACACUACAAAAUUCACACGGGUGAGCGCCCCUAUUUGUGCUCAGAGUGUGGGAGAUCUUUCUCUAGGAAAGACAACCUAGAAGACCACCAGAGAAAACACACAGAUGGGCAUUCGUGUUCAGAGUGCGGGAAAUCUUUUACUACUAAAGGCAGCCUUGUUAUACACCAGAGAAUUCACACAGGCGAGCGCCCUUAUUCUUGUUCAGAGUGCGGGAAAGCCUUCACUAAAAAAGGAGGCCUUGUCAGACACCAGAUAACUCACGCGGGUGAGCGUCCUUAUUCGUGUAUGGAGUGCGGGAAAUCUUUCAAUCAGAAAGAAACCCUUACGACACAUCAGAGAACACACGCUUCACAGAGUCCUCAAUCCCUUCAAUGUGCAGGAAAUCUACAGAAAGAAGAAGUCUAA